CUUUAGCCAAAAAUUAGCUUGAUGUCAAAAUUACAGAGACCUCAUUCCUAAUCGCGCGUUUCUUCUUUCCACCAAGAGUUUAUAAAUACGAGGGAUUAAUAUUUGAUACUCCAGAUCACUGCAGUGCCAAAAAUGUACAUAAAAGCUUUAUUCCGGUGCAGAGACAUGCUGAAAGGAGAACUUAUCGAGUGAAAUGCUGGUUAGCUUAAUCAAACCUAGCUAAAGACCAGGGGCCGAAAACACGUAGCGAAGGUGAAGCUUGUUAAAUCGAGCCGGGGUUGUUUUGUCGUACCUGUAAACACAAGAAGAAAAACACCUUCUGUCAAAGUAGCAGUGGAUCUGUCUGGGGUGAAGCAAUGGGUGCAUUCCUAGACAAACCCAAAACAGAAAAGCACAACUCUCAUGGUGAAGGAAACGGUCUGCGCUAUGGGCUGAGCUCCAUGCAGGGCUGGCGGGUGGAGAUGGAGGAUGCUCACACCGCUGUGCUGGGGCUCCAGACCCCCGGGAUGUCUGACUGGUCUUUUUUCGCGGUGUACGACGGCCAUGCGGGGUCAAAGGUCGCCAACUACUGCUCUAAGCACCUUCUGGAACACAUAAUCACUGGUAGCUUAGGAGCCGGAGGUCCGGCCGGCUCCGAGGCGGGAUCAGAAAGCUCUGUGGGUGACCCUCCAGCACCGUAUCCUCCGGCGGUGGAGGCAGUGAAGGCUGGGAUCCGGGCAGGCUUCUUGAGGAUUGACGAGCACAUGCGCAGCUUCACAGACCUUCGGAACGGCAUGGAUCGCAGUGGAUCCACCGCAGUGGGAAUUCUGCUAUCACCCGAUCACUUCUUCUUCAUCAACUGUGGAGAUUCUCGGGCCGUUCUCUACCGCAAUUCCCAGGUGUGCUUCUCCACGCUCGACCACAAGCCUUGCAACCCGCGUGAGAGGGAGCGAAUCCAGAAUGCAGGCGGAUCAGUGAUGAUCCAGAGAGUUAACGGGUCACUGGCGGUGUCCAGAGCCUUGGGGGACUAUGAUUACAAGUGUGUGGACGGCAAGGGCCCCACAGAGCAGCUGGUCAGCCCCGAACCCGAGGUGUUUGUUAUGGUCCGGGCACCUGAACAGGAUCAGUUUGUGAUUCUAGCUUGUGAUGGAAUCUGGGAUGUCAUGUCCAAUGAGGACUUGUGUGAGUUUGUGAAAUCUCGCCUUGAGGUGUGUGAUGACCUGGAGAAAGUCUGCAAUGAGGUGGUGGACACGUGCCUGCACAAGGGAAGUCGGGACAACAUGAGUAUUGUGUUAGUGUGUUUGCCCAACGCCCCAAAAGUAUUGGAGGAAGCUGUCAAGAAAGACGCUGAGCUCAACAAAUAUCUGGAGACCCGAGUGGAAGAGAUGCUGUCUCGGCCCGGAGACGAGGGCUUACCAGACAUUGUGACCGUGAUGAGGAACCUGUCUGCCGACGGUGGAAUGCCCCCCCUGCCACCAGGGGGCGGUCUCGCCAGCAAACGCAGUGUUAUUGAAGCAGUAUACAACCGUCUGAUCCCAUACAAGGAGGAAGAUGGAAGCGGAGCUGAUAUGGAGUGCCCCUGGUAGCUGUCCAGCACAACUGCCUAAGCCCCGCCCCCAAAAAACCAGGACCACUAAUCCACACAAGAUCCCACCCAUUUGCAUAUUUUAAAGUCACUGGGAUUUCCUUUUUUUUCUCUCCACAUUCAGAGAUUAUUCCUAGCGAAAUUUCUGGUUUUUAAAAAACAAGCACCUCCAGUGGACAAAAUGAGAACUGCAUUUUUUUUUUUAAUGAACAAAAAGCUGCACUACAAAACUGCUUACAUUACAAACAUUAAAACAGAAGCAGAAAAGCACAGUUUUUCUUGCUUUCUUUUUUGAUGUGGAUUAUUAGACGGCUUUGAGACUUUCGGGUGCCUUUCAGACCUGAGAGGCCCGUCGGCUGCCAUUAGCCAAGGACUUGAACAGACUGAAAUGGUUUGUGGCAUUAAAGUUUACCAACUACAACCGGGAGGCUCUUCACCACACAAGCCUGCGAGUUGGGUUUUUUGGCAUUACUGGUACUCCAUAGGGCGCUGCGUUUCAGCGACUCGUGCACGCUCUGGAGAGCGCCUCACAGCUCGCAGCUCUGAGGCCCAAGCAGCCUGGAAUCCACACGUUCGAGUCCUUCAGGCAUCAAGUCCCUGAAUCAAAGCAGGAAGUCUCUGCAGCUUCUUCUUCUUCUCUUUUUUUAAAAAAUAACAUUUGUUUUGCCUCUCUGCUCUCUGCCUUCUCUAUAACAGACUGUUGACAUCCGCAGAAGUUGUCAGUAUCAUAAGCUUUUGAGCCUGCUGUUAAGAUAUAGAGAAAAAUUAUAUAUAAAAUACAUAUAUAUAUAAAAAGAUAUAUAUAUAUAGAUAUAUUAUAUUUUGAUUUGUUGGUGUCAGUAAAUUCCCAGCCAUCGUAUUCAUGUGGCCUACUGUUUUCCGUCUAAGAAUACCAGAAAGCGGCAUGUGCGCACGUUCCGACAGAGCAGCGUUCCAAAGACGGGGCGUGAGGGUCAAGGAAUUCCAAACCCACCUUCCUCCUCUUGACCCGCUUUCCUCAACACAAUCCUGCUCAUGCUACAGCCUGCCUUUUCCCGCUCUCAUUCUGUCUGCUUAAAAAAAAAAAAAUGCCUUUAUUUUCAGGAAAAAAAGUGUUAUGUACCUUUUUUUUGUUGUUGUUGUAAGUAAGCUUUUGUAAGUAACGUGAUCCUGUUACAAACUGAUGAGGGGAACAUAAACAUACUCUGUGCAGCAUAUUGGGAGAUUUUUUUUAUAUUUUUUUUGCAGCUGAACACCUGGAGUUGUGCUCUCUAGAAUUUUUCUUUUUUUUUUUUUUUUUUCCACGACAUACUUUAUGGACUUGCAUGGAUAAGCACUAAACUUACAAAAAGAAGCAACAACAGCUACCUUUGUUUAGCAGAUGUAUGCAUCCACAACUAGAUUUGUGCAUACUUUUGUGUAGAACCUUUAGCUUGAUUUAACACGUUUGAAAAAUGUAAAGUCCACUUUGAAAUCGUCUAAAUCCAGCACGCUUUCUGAAGUGGCAGUAUUGAAAGAAACGGAGAUUGCUCGCUGACUCGUGUUCUUGUGGUACACUUUCUCUCGGUGCCAUAUGACAAAUAGGUACUUGAAUGUGUAGUUCUUUUGCAGUUUUUUUUUUUUACUUUUUUGCGAUGGAGUGUGUGAGACGCACUGGAGGAGCGGGAUGAUAUUCAAUGUUGGUCGAGAACGCCUUCAACAAUUGUUUUUUUUAUGUUCUUGAGUGGAGUUUACUCACCUAAAUAGUGGUUUCCUGAUACAAUUCAAGAGUUUCCUAUUUUUUUUUUUAACUUGGUUUUUACCACAUUGAACAUUUAGGUUGGUAUUUAAGCUAUAACAAACACUGGGAAAGGUGAAGGUUUACGGGAGGGAAGAAGCCUUUUUAUUUGUCUGAAUGUAAUUCUGAAUGGCUCACACUGAUUCCAAUGCAUGGACUGAUCACAAGCGUCUCAUCAGUCAUGUAAUGACAAAACAAGCUCUUAUGGGUUCCUUUUGUUUUGAGAAGAAAAUCAAAAUUACUGCUAUAAAUGUGGAAUCUAAUGUACCUGGGAAACGUCACGAGUUUUUUUAUUUUUUAUUUUAUUCUUUUGAGUGACGUCUGAACAAUUUGACUCUGGCUAUGAAAUGUUGGGUUUUACAAAAGAAAAUGAUGGAGCUGUCAGUUAUUCUGAGUCAACGAGGAAACCAGAAAGGAAGAAUUUUGACAAUACAAGAUGGAAACCUCUCUUGUAAUCCUCCAAGAAUAAAAAAUGUUUCUAAUUUA